UGCUGUCAUUGUGUUCACUUCUUGUCGAUGGGAAUACGUCUCUGGCCCUCAAUGGCCGGCACGGGAGCCUCCACUACUAAGAGUCCGUCCAAAAGCGCCGAAUUCAUUGACAUUGAGUUGUCUAAUAUGAGGAAAACAAUUGCCAAACGUUUGACACAAUCCAAGUCAACUACUCCUCACUCUUAUAUGACAAUUGACUUCUCAAUGAAUGGCGUCAACGAUGUCCGCAGACAACUCAAAAACUCUGGAAUUAAAGUCUCGGUCAACGAUUUCAUAAUCAAAGCGGUGGCCAUCGCUCUGAAGAAAGUGCCACAAAUCAAUAGUUCCUGGAAUGAGAGCACAUCCACUAUACAGUUGUCGCCCACAGUUGAUAUAUCGGUAGCCGUGGCCACACCUAACGGACUCAUCACUCCUAUUGUCCGAAACGCCAAUCAAUUAGAUUUAGAGACAAUCAGCUUCACUGUGAAAGAGUUGGCCUCGAAGGCUCGAGACGGCAAACUACAGCCCAACGAAUUCAUUGGCGGGUCGUUCAGUAUAUCCAAUCUGGGAAUGUUUGGCGUCUCUGAGUUCACUGCUGUCAUAAAUCCGCCGCAAUCGGCGAUUCUGGCCAUCGGCUCGUCGAGACUGGUGUUGGAUGAGAGCGAUCGCACCCAACACUUGGUUCGAGUGACCCUUUCGUUUGAUGGUCGGGUGAUCGAGGAGGAUAUCGCCGCCAAAUUCCUCGAAGUCCUCAAAACCGUCAUCGAAGAUCCCAUUAGUCUCCAGAACUCUGAUGGAACAGAUAAUAGACGGCUAAAUGCGUUGAUUUCUUAG